AUGCGGCUCAAGCCCUCGCUGCAACUGUCUCUUGCAGUUGGGCUUUCACUAACGACAUCCGCUGUUCUCGGACGUGGUAAUACAUCUACGACCGACCUCGACUCACUACUCUUUUCGUCCCUCGACGACCGUCCGGGCAACUGUCCACCGUGUUUCAACUGCCAGCUCGACGCCUUCCAAUGCACGCAAUUUGCGUCUUGUGAUAUAUAUAGCGGAAAAUGUGUCUGUCCGCCCGGCUUCGCAGGGGAGGAUUGCUCGGAACCACUGUGCGGGUCUCUAUCAGAUCCCCAGCGCCCUUCUCGGAAAGACAAAUACUGCUCCUGCAACGAUGGCUGGGAAGGAAUCAACUGCAAUGUCUGCAAGACAGAUGACGCUUGUAAUGCAAUGAUGCCGACUGGCGAAGAUGGUGUUUGUUACAAGCAGGGCGUGACGGUGAAAGAGAACUUUCAGAUGUGUGAUGUGACGAAUCGGAAGAUUCUGGACCAGCUGAAAGAACGGAAACCUCAAGUAACGUUCUCCUGCGAAGCCGAAGACAAGACUUGCAACUUCCAGUUUUGGGUCGAUCAGGUGGAGUCAUUCUACUGCGGCUUGGAUACUUGUGACUGGAAUCUGGAAACAGACUUUGACAAGAAUACUACGCGCUAUAAAUGUGAGAACAUCAAUUGCAAGUGUAUUCCUGGCCGUAUGCUCUGUGGAGAAGAAGGUUCCAUCGACAUUGGGGAGUUCCUGAAAGAGUCGAUCAAGGGACCGGCCAGUUUCUCAACCACAUCCACUCUCGGUGGCAGCAAAGAGGAUGGAAGCAAGUUCCAGGAACCCGAAAUGGACAAUUUGAUUAAGAGCGUCUUUGGCGAUGAGAGUAUCACACUCCGGUGCUCUUCGGGUGAAUGCGUCCAUAAGACCGAAGUACCAGGCUACCAGCGCCCCGUUAAAAAGAUCAACACCCCGCUUAUAGCAGGUGUGAUUGCAGGCUGCGCCUUAUUUGUCGUCGCUGUGAUAUUAGGCCUUUGGUAUCAGUCUCGCCGGUCUCGUUACGGCCGUAUCCAACUCUCCCUUUCUGACGAUUCCGACGACGAAGCAUCCAAGCUUUUGGCGGACCACCGCCCGGCUGCGCUAUACUGGGACAAUGUCUCCUACUUUGUUAAUGGCAGAGAAAUUCUUUCGGGUAUUCAGGGCGCCGCGCCGACAGGACAGAUAACCGCGAUUAUGGGGGCUUCAGGUGCCGGAAAAACCACUUUCCUCGACCUUCUGGCGAGGAAAAACAAACGCGGUAUUGUUCAGGGAGACUUCUAUGUCAAUGGGGAAAAGGUGAAUGACGCGGAUUUUAAGAGCAUGAUCGGCUUCGUAGACCAAGAAGACACUAUGCUUCCCACCUUGACCGUGCACGAGACGAUUUUGACAAGCGCGUUGCUCCGUCUACCUCGAGACAUGAGCCAAGCCGCCAAGGAGCAACGAGUAAUGGAAGUUGAGAAGCAACUCGGAAUCUAUCAUAUCAAAGACCAGUUGAUUGGCUCUGAGGAAGGCUCAGGUCGGGGUAUUUCUGGUGGUGAGAAACGCCGAGUUGGAAUCGCCUGCGAGCUAGUCACCAGUCCUAGCAUUUUGUUCUUGGAUGAGCCUACCAGCGGCUUAGACGCCUUCAACGCCUUCAACGUGGUUGAAUGCUUGGUGUCGCUAGCGAAGGAUUACAACCGCACCGUCAUCUUUACCAUCCAUCAACCACGGUCCAACAUCGUCGCUCUUUUCGAUAGGCUGAUUCUCCUAGCCAACGGCAAAACCGUCUACUCCGGCCCAUUCUCGACAUGCCAGCAGUACUUUGAUGAGGCUGGAUAUUCCUGCCCACCGGGAUUCAAUAUCGCUGAUUACCUAGUGGACCUCACGAUGCAUGCCGGCAGCACUACUCAUUUCCACAGUGAUGAGGAGGAAAGCCCUCUAUUAGCAGUGCCCCCUGAUCCGCCAAAAACCGCUUCCAGCAGUCUAAGAGCUGUCAAGUCUGUUGCGAGUGCGUCCAACGCCAGUAUCGAGGAGCACUCCGGCAACAGCUUUGAUUACGGCAGGCGGCCUAAGGGUAAGCGACGAACUUCUCUCAAGCAGCGACAGGAUCGUCAACUUUACUCCCGUCGAAAAGAUGCCGAUGCUCCUCCCACGCCUCGAACUGACGAGGAGGACGCCGCGGAGGUAGGCGAAAGCCAACAGCAGUGGCUGCGGCUGUCCCGCCAUCAGGGCCAGACUCCACCACAGAUCCUCGACGACCCAGAUGAUCUUCCACCGGCCGCCCCGGGGCAGACUGACUUGGAUUUGAUGGUUGCUCACUACGCCGCCUCCGACAUUGCACGAUCCGUGCGCAACGAGAUCAUUUUAGCGACUCAGCAUGCGCGCGCCGCCAAUGGUUCUUCUAACUCCGAAUCCCCAUCUACGCCCAUCACCCAUCCACCCAAGAGCUAUGCGAGGGUGAGCUUGGCUCGCCAGUUUAUCAUCUUAUCGCAGAGAACGUGGAAAAAUCUCCAUCGAAACCCGAUGCUUAUGCUCACCCAUUAUGCAAUUGCCAUUCUGCUUGCUGUCCUCUGCGGUUUUCUCUUCUACGGUCUCACAGAUGACAUCAAGGGAUUCCAGAACCGACUUGGUCUUUUCUUCUUCGUACUGGCCUUGUUUGGAUUCAGUACGUUGACCAGUCUGACUGUGUUCUCCACCGAACGCCUUCUGUUUGUCCGCGAGCGUGCUAAUGGGUACUAUCACCCUGUCACCUACUACGCGGCGAAAGUUGUUUUCGACAUUGUUCCCCUUAGACUCAUCCCGCCGAUUAUUAUGGGUGUGAUAGUGUACCCGAUGACGGGGCUCAUUCCCGCCUGGCCCGAGUUCUUCAAAUUCAUCCUGGUCUUGGUUCUCUUCAACCUAGCGGCUGCUACCAUAUGUUUGUUCAUUGGUAUUGUCUUCCGCGAUGGCGGCGUGGCCAACUUAAUUGGUAGUUUGGUCAUGCUUUUCAGUCUGCUGUUUGCUGGACUGUUGCUCAACCAUGAUGCGAUUCCACCGUCUGCACUGUGGUUGCAAUCACUAUCUAUAUUCCACUACGGGUUUGAAGCGUUGAUUGUGAACGAGGUAACCUUCCUGACUCUGAUCGACCACAAGUACGGCCUUGACAUUGAAGUGCCGGGGGCUUCUAUCCUUAGCGCAUUCGGAUUUGACACUCUGGCAUAUUGGAAGGAUGUUAUUGGGCUUGCCGUCUUUUCUGGAGCCUUCCUUGUGAUUGCAUACUUAGCGAUGCAUUUCCUGCUUGUUGAACGGCGAUAA